AAUUACCUCCCCUUUCAAAUCCUCUUCAUACAGGAGAAUUUCGACCACCAAGAAAACAAAAACACGUGCUUAAAUAUUGCUCAGAAAAAAAGACAUAGCGAUGGGUAGAGCAACAAAAAAGGGCCAGAGUGGAGCAGCCACUGCGUUUGUGCACAGAACAAAGGCCAUCAAGAAACUUCAGAUCUCCUUGAAAGACUUCAGACGGCUAUGCAUCCUGAAAGGUAUCUACCCAGUGGAGCCACGGCACAGGAAGAAGGCGGGGCACGGCAACCAGGCCCCCAGGACGUACUAUAUGAUGAAGGACAUACAGUUCCUGCUGCAUGAGCCACUCAUUGACAAGUUCAGAGAGUUUAAGCAUUUUAUGAAGAGACUCACAAGGGCCUAUGGCAGGAAAAAUCUGAGUGCAGUGUCCAGGAUCCGUAAGAACAGACCCAAGUACAAACUGGACCACAUUGUUAAAGAAAGGUAUCCGACGUUUAUAGACGCAGUUCGAGACCUGGACGACUGCCUCUCGAUGAUUUUCCUGUUUGCAAUAUUCCCCAGCACCAAAAUCACAGACACGCGCUUUGUGCAGCUGUGCAGACGACUGUCCGUGGAGUUUUUGCACUACGUUAUUGCCUCAAAGUCCCUCAGAAAAGUGUUCAUCUCCAUAAAAGGGAUCUACUACCAGGCGGACCUGUUCGGUCAGCAGGUCAAUUGGAUUGUUCCGCACAGCACCGGCUUUGCUCAUCCUACAGAUGUGGACUACAGAGUUAUGAAGACAUUUGUGGAGUUCUACACAACCCUCCUUGGAUUUGUUAACUACAAGUGUUACCAUUCUAUCAAUCUGCACUACCCCCCACAGUUACUUUUGGACAGUUCUGAGGAAAAGGUACAAGAGGAUCCAAAAGUAGGGAAGAGAAGCAGAAAGAGAAAGAAUGCCCAACUGGAAAAGAUACAAAAGGAAAGAGAAAAGAGAUUCGUGGAGAGAGAUACUGUUGAAGAGCGUUUGUCAGCUUUAACCCAGACACUACAAAAGACUAACACAGGGGAGCCAGAGGAGGACAUUCAGAUAGACGAGUUCCCUGCUUCAGAGACUGAUGACCCAGAGCUAGUUGAGCUGGCUAAGCAGGAGAGGGACAAACUCAGCAAGUUUCAGAACCUCUUUAAGGGCCUCAAGUUCUUCCUGAACAGAGAGGUCCCCAGAGAGACACUGGUCUUCAUCAUCAGGUCAUUUGGAGGGGAAGUGUCGUGGCAUGAGUCGCAGGCUGUUGGCUACAGCUACCCAGAGACGGACGAGAAAAUCACCCAUCAGAUUGUAGAUAGACCCAGCAUGGAGAAGCAGUAUCUGUCGCGGUACUAUGUUCAGCCCCAGUGGGUGUUUGACUCUGUGAAUGCCCAGAUGCUGCUGCCGCCCGCUGACUAUUUCAUUGGCGUGACACUGCCUCCCCACUUGUCUCCCUUUGUGACUGAGCAGGAGGGCGACUACGUACCUCCAGAGAAACAGGCUCUCCUGAAUAGGCAGCGAGGUAUUGACUCCGGGAUAGAUGAAGACAGUGAGAGUGAGGAGGUUGAUGAUGAUGAGGAGGAGGACGGUGAGGGUCAUCAGUCUGAUGAUUCCAGUGAAGAGGAGGAUGAAGAGGGAGAAGAGGAAUCAGAUGAUGACGAAGCCCCUGCCACAAAGAAGCAAAAAACUGGAUCGAAAGGUGCCAACAAACAGAAAGAUGUGGCCAAUACAAGUGCCAUGUCUGUAGAGGAGGGUCGAGUAGAGGUGGACGACCCCGGGCGGCGACAAACGCGCCAGGAGGCGGAGGAGCGCAGGCUGGCAGAGAUGAUGAUUCCCAAGAAGAAGAGGCGACUCUACAACAAGAUCAUGCACUCAAAGAAGAAGACCAGUCAGGAGGCUCGGAUUUUGAAAGAAAAGCGGGAAGCCAUUGAUAUGCAGAAGAAAAAGGACAAGAAGCAGAAAUUGACUUGAUUAUUUAACACUUAACGGAUUUUACAAGGAUUUGUUUAAUGAAAAUGUAUUAUAAUAAUAAGAAUGUGUGUAUUUGAAAAUAAAAUCUUAAUUGAUAAACAGUUAAAAAA